CUUGGAAUAGGAGACCUUGUUCUCGAAAUAGAUCCUAAUAGGAAAAGGGGAAAAUGGAAAAUGGCUUUGAUCAAACAAGUGUAUCCAGGAUCGGACGGAAAAGUUCGUAAAGUUCAAAUCAAAACUCCUGUAGGACUAUAUGACCGACCUAUUCACAAGUUAUGUCUAAUUGCCACUAAUGAGGAACUUACUAGUGCUUAG